AAAGAAGUUUGCAGCGGCCCCGCCUGGAGGCGGCCCCCUCCCCCGCCGCGCGGCGCACACCUCCGGGUGCGGGGCGCAGAGCGCCUUGCAUUGCGAGCGCGGCGGACUUCGCGGGAGCCGGGCUCGCCCACCCUGCAGAAGCAGCGCCGCGGGCACCCGAGGAGCCGUCGCGUCGCCCGGGCCGCCGGGCCGCUCCUGCCCCGAGCACCGCCGGGCCCCGUGCUGGAUACUGGAGGCUUGCAAGCUGCCCUCGCCCGCCCCCGGGGCCGGACACUCGCCCGAGCCGCGGCAAGGACCGUGCUGGUGACUGGCAGGCCCGCCCGCGCCCGCCUCCGCCCCGGGAGCCCAUGAGCCUGGGGGCAGGUGCCGGGCGAUGGCGCGGCCUCUGAGCGACCGGACCCCGGCCCCGCUGCUGCUGGGAGGCCCGCCCGGGGCCGCCCCUGGCGGGGGAUCGCUGCUCGGGCUGCGCAGCCUUCUGCAGGGGACCAGCAAGCCCAAAGAGCCGGCCAGCUGUCUGCUGAAGGAGAAGGAGCGCAAGGCGGCUCCGGCCGCAGCCGCCGCCCCCGGGCCGGGCCUGGAGACGGCGGGCCCGGCGGAUGCGGCGCCGGGCGGCGGGUCCCCGCGGGGGCGCCCCGGGGCCGGGCCGGGCCCGAGUCUGCUGGCGCCGCUGCUGUGGGAGCGCACGCUGCCGUUCGGCGACGUGGAGUACGUGGACCUGGACGCCUUCCUGCUGGAGCACGGGCUCCCGCCCAGCCCGCCGCCCCCCGGGGGCCCGUCGCCCGCGCGCACGCCCGCGCCCUCCCCGGGGCCCGGCUCCUGCGGCUCGGCCUCUCCGCGCUCCUCGCCGCGACACACCCCGGCCCGGGCCGGCCUGGGGGCCGCCGGCGGCCACCGCGGAGGCCUGACUGCUCGGGACACGCCCAGCCCCGUGGACCCAGACACGGUGGAGGUGCUGAUGACCUUUGAACCCGACCCAGCUGAUCUUGCCCUGUCAAGCAUUCCAGGCCACGAGACCUUCGACCCUCGGAGACAUCGCUUCUCGGAGGAGGAGCUUAAGCCGCAGCCAAUCAUGAAGAAGGCCAGGAAAAUCCAGGUGCCGGAGGAGCAGAAGGACGAGAAGUACUGGAGCCGGCGGUACAAGAACAACGAGGCGGCAAAGCGGUCCCGCGACGCGCGGCGGCUCAAGGAGAACCAGAUAUCGGUGCGGGCGGCCUUCCUGGAGAAGGAGAACGCCCUGCUGCGGCAGGAGGUGGUGGCCGUGCGCCAGGAGCUGUCCCACUACCGCGCCGUGCUGUCCCGCUACCAGGCGCAGCACGGGGCGCUGUGAGGCCGCGGAGCUCGCUCGCCCCCUCUCCCCUCCCGCCCUGUGGCCCACGGGCUGGCCGGCUGGGUGCUCCAGGGACGUGAUGAUGCAGAUAAAUACAU